CUCAUCCUUUCUUCUUUGGAUCUAAUGUUCGCUCUUGGAAACGAUUCUGUACGGAAUCGAACUUUCUAGGUUGACGAUACUGCUAAUAGUAAAGAGUUCAGUUUCAUCGAUUGCUUCUUCUCGACUCUGGAUCACUCGGUUAUCUUAGCGGCCUGCUGUUGAUUUGAUAUGGAAAUGAGAUUUUAUGGAAGAAUCAGCUCGGAGAUCAUCUCUCUUGGUUUGAACAAUUUAAAAAGAUAUGGAUAGAAGCAUGUUCUUUGGUUCUUCAUGUGAUGCUGUUGAUUACAAUCAAAUAGCUGUGUCAAGUUUCUUUGCUGCAGAAAAUGGGUUUCUGGACUUUCCUGGAAGGUCUACUACUUUUUGCAAAUGCAUUAGCAAUACUGAAUGAAGACAGGUUCCUUGCUCCAAGGGGAUGGACACUGGCAGAACUCCAAGGAGGCAGAAGAAAUUCGAUUAAGGGACAGAUCAUUGGGCUCAUACAUGCUUGCCAGUUCAUGAGAUUACCACUUAUAAUUCUAAACAUCAUCAUUAUCCUAGUGAAGCUUUUCUCCGGGUGAGGUCGAGCAAGAUUCUGUCUCAUUGCUAAUUUUUCUAGAACUGUCGAGUACUUGAGAGUUUUGUGUAUUAAUACUGGGUUGAGGCCCAAAAUAAUUUGAGAGGUAAAAGGCGUUUGUUCAAAUAGAUGACUGGAUAUUCGAUUUUGGGGAGCUUCUCUAACGUCCAGAACUAUGUAAUGUUAUUGUUGUUGACGUGAAUUGUUUCUUUACUGA